AUGAUCGUGAUCGUGAUCGUUCGUUGGCAGAGUGUCAGCCUGGCCUUUAAGGUCCACUUUGAGAUCGGCUAUGCCGCAAGCACGGUCACCAUGCCGUCCCUGCUGUCACCAUCGGCCACCAUGUCCGCCCAGGUGCAGAUGGGGACCCUGCGGGAACAGCUCGUGGGCACGGCCCGAGACGGUAAGUCGAGGCAGCCGGCCAGCGAGUCGGUAUCCUUUGAGGACGUGGCCGUGACCUUCACCCAGGCCGAGUGGGCUUUGCUGGAUCCGGCCCAGAGGCGCCUGUACAGAGAAGUGAUGCUGGAGGCCUGCAGGCACCUGGCCUUCGUGGGCGACCUGGCUCAGGGGGACAUCUACUGCCCGGCUGCCCAGGGGACCCCCUCUCCCAACCCGGGUGCCCUCCGGCAUGGCCCUCUGGGGGUCGCUGGCACCCAGAGCCCGACGUCCCACGAAUGCAAAGUGUGCGGGGAGACCUUCCAUGUCACCAACCUGCUAACGCCUGACGGCAGGGAGCACCACCAGGAGACGCCCUACGUGUGUGAGCUCUGCAGGAAAGACUUCCGCUUCCACAUGUCCAUGCAGCAGGCUCACGCCGAGACCCACGCUGCCCUGGAGAAGCCCUUUAAGUGCCCCGAGUGCCCCCAGAGGUUCAGGAUCCCCUGUAAGCUGCGCGCCCAUGCGCUGGUGCACGCGGGCGUCAGGCCUUUCGCCUGCCAGCAGUGUGGGAAAAGCUUCAGCAGUCGCUGGAACCUGCGCCAGCACAGCCGGACGCACACCGGGGAGAGGCCUUACGACUGCCCCGAGUGCGGGAAGGCGUUCCGGGAUAGCGGCACCAGGACCAAGCACAUGCGGGUCCACACGGGCGAGCGGCCCUACACGUGCCCGCAGUGCGGGAAGGGCUUCCGCUUCCUCAGCAAGCUCCAGGGCCACCUGAUAACGCACACGACCCAGAGUCCCUUCCAGUGUCCCGAGUGCGGCAAGACCUACCGCGACCGCUCCUACUUCUCCGGCCACCUGCAGACGCACCAGGCGGCCCAGUCGCUCACCUGCGGGGAGUGCGGCCGGGUCUUCAGCCACCCCCAGAUCUUCCGCCGGCACAUCAGGGAGCAUCUGGAAGAGCAGCCCUUCGUGUGCCACUGCGGGCAGCGGUUUGUCCGGGCGUCCACCCUGCACCGCCACGUCCGCCGGACCCACGCCGGGGAGCGGCCCUACAGCUGCCCCGAGUGCGGGAAGGCGUUCCGGCACAGCGGCACCAGGACCAAGCACAUGCGGGUCCACACGGGCGAGCGGCCCUACAAGUGCCCGCAGUGCGGGAAAUGUUUCCGCUUCUUGGACAAGCUCCAGGGCCACCUGAUAACGCACACGACCCAGAGUCCCUUCCAGUGCCCCCAGUGCGGCAAGGCCUACCGCGACCGCUCCUACUUCUACGGCCACCUGCAGAGCCACCAGGGGCCCCAGACCCUCACCUGCGGGGAGUGUGGCCGGGUCUUCAGCCACCCCCAGAACUUCCGCCGGCACGUCAAAAAGCACCAAGAGGAGCAGCCGUUCGUGUGUCCCUGA